AGCUAUCAGCAGUAUUCUGUUCCUACAGACGAGGAGGCGUGGUGUCCUCAACAGCUACACAAAUCUAUCCAGAGGUGUCAUCUAGCCGUCAGCAACUUCAGAGGACCAGGAGCACCACCCACAAUGACAGUUCCAGUCCCAGACUUCCAUGUUAUCAUCGGAGCCGGUACGUUCCUUCAUCCAGUACCUAUCCUGAUACUAAACACACUACCAGGCGCAACCGGCCUCCUCCUCGCACAGGGUUUGCAAAAGGUAUUCUUCUCCGCCCCAAGCCGAAGCCACAACUGACAAGGCAGUUCGGCAUCGCAUACACCAUCUACGAACGGCACGAUGAGGAGACUUACGCCGGCGCGGGGGACAAUGGACCAUGGCCCUGCACUCUGCCCUGCCGUAUCUCGAGUCCAUACUCCCUCCUUACCUCCGCGACAAACUCGACUCCGCAACGACGAAUCCCUGGUCCGAGCCGGACCCCGCCAUUGCGGCCGCUAUCCCGUUUGUUAAUGGUGCCACUGGCGAGCUGAUGGCUAAGAUUCCGAUGCCGAGUCCGAAGCGCGUUAUCCGGGGGAAGCUGCGUGAUCUGUUGAGGACGGGCGUGGAGGUUAGAUUUGGGAUGAGGCUGACCGUUGCCGAUUUCAAUGGGCAGGAGGUUAGGGGUAGUGUGCUUGUGGAAGCGGAUGGAGGUAGUGCGGAGUGUGGUGCGGAGGGCAACUCGUCGAUGCGGAGGUUGCGGCGUUGCAGAAGCCGAACAUCAUGGUUUUGGUUGAAUACCUUCCCGACGUUCACUAGAGAGCAAGCCCUCUUCAUCCAUGGCAAGUCCCACCCAAUCGUGCAGCUCGCUCCCCAUCCGUACCAGAAAACAAGUAUUUUCUCCAACGUGGCCAACGUGGUCGGCCCCGUUCGCCGGAAACCUGGGUGUUUCACUAUUGCCUCCCAAUCUGGACAGCCCGAGGACCCCCCAGAAAAUGCCGAGGCGCGGCGCGCACUGUUCAAACAUCACAUGAGCCAAUACUGCGAGCCGUACAGGUCGGCCGGGGAAUGUUCGAGUCAGGGCACACCAAUACUAGCCGAAAAGUUCCGUUACUGGAAAAACAUAACGCGAUGGAGUAAUUUCGGCGGAAAAGCUUCCCUAGCGGGUGAUGCGGCGCAUCCGAUGGUCCCUUUCACCGCGCAGGGAUUGAACACCGCCCUUAAAGACGUGAAGCGCUUUCUCGAUGCCAUUGUUAAGCUGGUAUACCACGGUGCGGGUCUCCAGACGGAGAUAGAUGUCUACGAUGAGUCGGCGUAUACGCGUGGCAAGCAAGACAUAAACUUGUCGAUAGAGCAGACGUACGCCUAUCAUCACUGGGAGGAGAUAAUGACCAGUCUGUUGAUAAAGGGGGGAUACGGGGCAUUAAUCCAUAGUUCCGCCAUUAAUUAA